GAAAGUUCAGUCCAUUUGGAAGGCUCAUCUUCUUUCCCACAACGCCUGAAGCAACUCAGAAAGAAAUCCUCUGCAAAAUAUGGAAAGCCUACUGUACAAGAAGAAAUAUCAUCUGAGGAACAUCACUUUGAUACUAAAGACGAGAACUUUGAAGUUAUAAAGGAGAAUGAAAUUGCCUUAGAUGAAUGCUUUAAAUUUUUCACUGCAUCGUUUGAAGACUGUCCAAAGCUGAAAGAAACAGGUCAGGAGGGUGAAAAGAAUUCAUCAGAAGACAGUCCUCAAAGCCUCUGUGAUUUGAAUGAACAAACCCUGCUGCUUGACCAAAUGAAAGAAAUACUGCUGCCAGAAUUGCUUGAAAUAAAGCCUCCUGAAUAUGAAUCAAAUAACUCAGGCAAGAAAAAGCAAUCUGAGCCACUUUUUGUACCAAGCAGUUCCCCAGUUGUGCAGAGCCAGCAGCUACCUAUCAACAUGUUGCCACGACUCUUAGAAGAUGAAGGAUUUUAUGUUCCAAGAAAGCCUUCUGUUUCUAGGAAAACGUACCACAAAAUGGAAAAUCGUCUUCUUCAGCAAGCACAGGGGAAAAGCUGGUUUGAAGAAAGCGGCGAAAUAAUUUCAUUACCUUCUCCAAUCAAGCAAUCGAAUAGUUGCAGAGUGUUUUUGUCGGCUAAGACUGACGCACAGUUAAAGACAACAUACAGGAAGGCAAUGCAACCUGAAGUAGAAAGCUGUAUCAUAACUAACUCUGGCGACCUGAGCAACAUUUAUCAACUAAAUCUCAACAUAUCAAAUAUUAUUUUCAGCCAUCAUUAUCUGUUUACUCGUGAGCAUGUGUUGGCUGCCAGGUUACUUGCACUUCACGAGUGCUUUCAGAAAAGACAGCAGCAAAAUGUUACUCAUUUGCUAUCUGAAAAACUCAGAGCAUUAACAAAUGCCACAAAAGUAGCAGAAACUACCUUAGAAACAAGUCAACUGAGCACUAAAAUUAUAGAGGAUUACAGAUUGCAGAUAAGAAAUACUAAAAAGUUAUAUGACAUAGAACAUCAGAGAGAUAGUUCUUUAAAACAAAAUAUGUCGAAAGUGUGGAAGCAAAUAAAAUCUGUACGUCAACAGCAAGGAUUUACCAGUACAACUGUAAAACUGCAGUUUCAAAAGGUGACAAAGAACUUUGAAUCAGAUAAGUACACAUCUGAAAAAGCUGAACAAGGAAUAAGGCAAGAAGGAGAAGAAAGUGAUUCAAAUCUCUCAAACAAAAUUUCAACACGUUGUGGAAAAAAUAAGGGAUGCUUGGAUUCAACUCCUUCCUUUCUAAGCUCUACAGAUGCCAAAGAGAUAAAUGAGCCAAUUUUCACACCACAUCUUACCUUCAUGACUGAAAUAACUCCUAUGUAUAUGUGCCCCCUAGUUGAACAAAAAAGAAGAGAAAAAGUCAGAGCACAGAAGUACUUUAUGAAACUAUAUUACAACAAUAAAUUAGUCUCUUGUACAUCAGAAAUUUCUCUUCAACAAAACUUCAAAGUAAUAUUUCAGCAAAUUUUCAGAAUUCAGGUAUUAAGCUGGCCAGAAGCACUUCGAUUAGAGAUCUUUGAAUCUAGUAAAAGGACAACAUUGUUGGCAAAAGUGUACUUACCCCCUCCAAAUAACUUUAUAUUGAAAAGCAAAGAUGUUUUAGAUGAGGCUGAGUUUAGCUGUGAACAGCAAGUUAAGCCUUCAUAUGGGGCAGUGGGAAGCAAUAUAUCUUUUUUCCUUGAAGAAAAUAAAAUGGAAGAAUUAUGUCUUCUGAUAUCAGGGAAAGUAAUAUAUUCCUUAUCUUGGGCAACUGAUGACAGAGGCGUUCUCCUAGCUCCUUCAUUUCAACCUGCACAUCUUGCCUGCAACAGUAUGCAAAGAAAUAUAGAGGCAAGAAAAGGAACUGCAGUGUUGUGGCAUUCUGACAUGCAAAAGCUUAUUAACUGGGCAGAAGAAAUCAACAUUGAUCCUAAUGAUCCUGAGUAUUCAGAUCUGGUUGAGCUAAUUAUGGAUGCAAAAUCCCAGAAGCAGAGCAACUCAAAAUGCUUUCGUCUUGAACAGCUGCAAGAAGAAUUUAACUUUGUUACUGUAGAAGAGAUUAGAAAAUGUAAACGUUUCCAGCUGUUGCAGUUGAGAAACUCAGGACAGUUAGAUUUCUUCCCUUUUCAGCAGAUUCCUCUCUUUGAUAGAGAGAUACCAGACAUAAUUAUUCAGGAACAUGGAAGACAAUUAAGGGAGGACGUUUUGAUAACUGACGUAGAUGUUAUUUCUGCACAGAGGAAUAUUUCUGCUUGCUUUAUUAGGAAGAUGAGAAAACGAAUCACAAAACAAAUAAUAAACAUUAGACACAAAUAUAAUUUAGCAGAUAUAGUGAAUGAUUAUGAAGAAAUUAUAUCUAUGAGCCAGUUGAGGAGUGCAAUUUUCAAGCUUGGUGAACGCAGAAGACAUUUGAAGCCACAAAGGAAAGAGAGACGGAAAGUUCCAGCACAGGCUGUCUCUGAUGGAGAUGUUAAACUUCUUGUCAGAAUAUUAAGAGCAUAUAAUAUUCCUGCAAGAAAGGCAGCAGUAACUAAGUCUGAAGUUGUUCAUUCACAAGAUUAUUUACUGAAUCGUAUGUUCCAAAGCAGACAUUUGUUGUCAGGGAAGUCAGCCAAGACAGCUGAUCCUUUCACUGAGGUGGCUGUCCACCCUUUUGUUGAAGUUUCUUUCCAGAACACAGUUUAUCAAACUAGCACUGCGGAUGGAUCUCACCCAUGCUGGAAUGAAGAACUUCAAGUUGAUUUUAUCUCUCCAGGGCAUGAUUACACAUUUUCAGGGCUAUCUAAAAUAGAAGACAAUAUAUAUAUUAACAUUUUUGAUAAAUUUUUGAUGGAAAAUCAUGAGGAUGUCUGUCCAAAGGGCUGCAAUGGUCACUCCUUUCUGAGAAAGAAUUGGCUUGGAUCUGUUAUGUUUCCUUUCUCUGCCCUCCUGGAACAAUCAAAGAUCAGUGGUACAUUUCAAGUAAAUAUGCCACCAAUUUUGCUUGGAUAUACUUGGAGUAAGACCUAUGUACCUCCUAAAGAAGACUGUUACAGGCAGAAUUUGAAAGAAUACACCUUUUUAACUAUCUUUGCCACUAUUGAACCUCAGCUAUCUUCUGCAGAAAAUAACACAGAAGCUGAUAAGCUUGCAGAUCAUGAAGAUGAAUUGCUUUUGCAAAGAGCAUGCAUUUUUAAGAAAACAUGCAAGGCACUGUUUCCAAAGAGGAGAAUAAUAACCUCUGUUUUUAACAAUGAAGGAAGAAAUAUUUUAGUAACAAAGUAUAUUACCUCUCUGAAUCCACCACAGCUGUUACUAGAUAUGUACUCUAAACAUCCCAAUUCAACUGCUGAUCUUAUAUCUCGAUUUGUGUCUUUAAUUCCUUGUAUAUCAGACACAGUGGAUGAAAACAAUGGCGUUGAUGUUUGGAUUACAGCAGAGCACUGUAUCAAUUUGGGUGCUGGUAAUAAAGAAGAACAUGCUGUGCUUCUCUGUAACUAUUUUAUGUAUAUUGGGAAGAAAGCCUGGGUGUUGCUGGGAACUUCGGUGUUAGAAGGGAAUGUGGCUUAUGUGGUAACACAGGAAAAUGGAGAAUAUUUUCUGUGGAAUCCAUUGAGUGGCCAGUGCUAUAAGCAGUUUGAUGCAUUUUGCCCCUUGCAGAGUAUUGAUUGCUUAAUCAAUUGGGAAAAUGUCUGGUUCAAUAUACAACAAAAUAGUUCCCCAAUGUAUGUUAGUUUUGACGUCACAAAGGAAGGUUUUUGGAAACAGUUUCUUCCCUACAAUUUUCAAGAUGCAAAAACACAGACUGUACAGCCAGAAGAAAUAUUAUAUACCCCUACUAAUGAAAGUUUGGUAGAAGAGCUACAGAACAGGAUUGAAAAGACUUUAAAAACAAAAAUGAUGGAAUGGCGAUCUCAACAGCCAACUCGCUGGCAUCGACAGUGUACCAAUAUCUUACGACAAAUUCUUCCUAAACUGGAAUUAAGAAAUGGAAACAUUGCUACAGAGAAAGAAGAAACAGAUUUGGAGGCUCUUCUGGAACACUAUUGGGUUACAGGCUUUCCAAUCCAGAUGCCGUAUCUAAAUGUACCAUCAGUCAUUGAGGCUGUUUAUCAGACAGGAAUUCAUUCUUCAGAAGUUCCCAACACAGAGUUUGCCCUUACUGUGCAUAUUCAUCCUUAUCCAAGUAACGUAUUAUCUGUCUGGAUUUACUUAGUGUCUUUGGUUCGUCAUCAGUAAACAUACACAAACCUCUUCUAGAACUGGGUAUUUAUUGUUACUAUAAGAAGCUUGCUGACUGUGAU